AUGGUGACCGCCAAACUUACCCUGACACUAAGUGUCAUUCUGUUCACAUGUACACACGCGAAAAUAGGUUAUUUCUGGCACAUCACGGACUUCCACUACGACCCUCAGUACACAUCACAAGGCGACACUAGAAGACAAUGUCGUCGAGUAGACGAGCGUGGCAGCUCUGGUCACCACCGCGCGCUGGGUCGCCUCGGGGACUACUCAUGCGACUCGCCGCUCGCUCUCGUGGAAUCUGCCGCAAGGUACAUGCGUACGCGACACACAGACAACGUUGAGUUCGUGCUCUGGACAGGUGACAUCGUCUCCAGCCAAUACAAUGAGAAUGAGAAGUACCAGGCAAUCAGAAACAUAACGGAGCUGCUCCGAGGCACGUUUAGCUCGCACUUCGUGUUCCCAGUGCUAGGAGACACGGACCCUGCGCCGUCACAGAGGCUUACAAGCCUAUGGAUGAAGUGGUUGCCUUUAGAAGCGCUACAUACGUUUGAAAAUGGUGGCUACUACACAAUAGAGCAAACUCAGAGCAAGUUGAGGAUAGUGGUGCUGAACACGAACCUGUUUGGUGCGCGGGAGUCAAGUAGCGCGCCUGCGCACACGCAGUGGGAGUGGCUCGACGAGGUGCUUGACAAAGCUGCCGCCAAUAAGGAAAUGGUGUACAUAGUAGGUCACGCAGCGCCAGGGUUCGCACCGCGCACGGCGCAGGUGUGGUACUCAGCGGACGCGAACGCGCAAUAUCUGCGCACAGUGCGCAAACAUGCACGCAUUAUCGCCGGACAGUUCUUCGGCCAUCUGCACGCAGAUACCUUCCGUAUUUUCUAUGAUAAUGAUCUGCCAGUAUCCUGGGCGUUAUUAGCUCCUUCAGUCAGUCCUCAUCGAAGCCCAUAUGGUUCAUCCAACCCAGGCUUGAGGCUGUUCAAGUUUGACAUUAAUACUGGAAAGGUAUUAGACUACACCCAGUAUUACAUGGAAUUAGUGAGCGCGAACCGCGCGGUCGGCGCGGGCGGUUCGGUCGGCGUGGAGUGGGCGCCGACUUACAACCUGACGCAGCACUACGGCCUCCCCGACGUGUCGGCCUACUCGCUGCACAGCCUCGCCGACAAGCUGCGCUUCGGGAUGCCGCACGAGACACUCACAUUCAACAAGUACUUGCAAGCGUACAAGGUUAACUAUGAGACCACGGAGUCGUGUGACGGCGCAUGCGCGCACCAACACUUCUGCGCGAUCACGUGUCUGGAGCACGCGGCGUACCGGCAGUGCGUCGAGGCGGCCGCCAGCGCGCUCGCCGCUGCCAGCAACCACGCUCCGCUCGUCGCUCCGCUUGACUAUCACAGCUACGUGUAA